CACACGAGUAGCGUCGCACAGUUGCUAAAACAAGAUUUACAAAAUGGUUGACACAGUGGCAAUGUUUUGAGUUUCAUUCAUUCUGGAUAGAAGAAAGUCCAUGAACGCAGUGAGUGGACAGUAUGGCCUCUACUGGAGACGUGGGGGAAAGUCUUGACUUCGACUUCUUCGAGUCUCCUCGCAACGCUGAGAAUGGUGCACCACCACCAUCAAGCCCGCCCCGUGCAGCGACAUCAAAGCCGCCCACGCGACCACGACCGGGCAGUGCCAAACCUGCUUUCCAUCAGGAAAGUACCAGGGGACAGUCUGACAGUAUCGACAAAGUGAGUGAGUGCAACAGAAAGGCGAGGUCUCCGUCUGGCAGUGUCUCCAGCCGGAGCAGCAGCUCGGAGUAUUCCUCAGAUUCUGUGUCAGACAGUGAGGAUAACCAAUCUCAGAAAAAGAACCAAAGAAAAGAAAAAGGAAAAAACUCCCAUCGCUCGUCAUCCGUUUCGUCUCUGAGCUCAACCAGUCGGUCGCGAAGCAGGAGUCGCAGUCCAUCCAGGUCCAAAGACAAGCGGCUGUCUCGCUCUCGCUCUAGUAGCCUCGAUGACAGCCGCUCAAAAAGCUACUCAGAAUCUCGAUCUAGUAAGUCUGUGAACGACAGUCGAUAUGAAAAGGAAGGUCGUCCCACGAACCCAGUUGCCAAACAGCGAGAGGAGACCAUGCCAAAGAGAGGCCGCUCCCGCUUGGGAGAAGAUGAUUACAGUUCUAGCGCCUAUUCAGAUGAGGAUGAUGUGGGAGCUGGGAAAAAAUCUUUUUCGAAUAAAAGUGAUUCUAACAGCAGGAGAGGGGGAAGAGCUUCUGGUAAUGGGAGCAAAAGACAGGCGUGGGGAGAGGACAGCAGGAGUGACGAGGAGAAGCCCCAAAGAAACCGACCAAAGACAGCUAAAGGCCAAAGAGGUCAAGGGUCAGAGAGAGACAGGAGGUACGGUAAAGGGACCAAAGCGGAUUCCGAUUCUCUCUCUGACAGCGACAUGACCGACGUGUCACCAAUGGAGUCCCCGAGGAACAACGGCGGCAACAGACAGAAGGGCAAGAGAAACGGGACCAGGAUGACUGCUGCUGGCGACGGGGGGUCUUCCAAAAUGAAGUUCCGGGCAAUGCCGAUAUCGGACGCAGACCUCGAGAACGAAGACGAAGACCCCGACCGGCAAAAGAGCGGCCUUGACCUCGAGAUUCUGAUGAAGGCCGUCGGGGAGCUGGAGAAGCAGAAGCGACUGCAGGAGAACUCCCGCAGGGUCAUGUUCGCUCCGAUGUCCCUGAAAAGGAGCGAUAAGUCGAAUUAUACCUUCGAUAAAAACCAGAGCAGAGACAUUGACCGCGAGAACCAGCGGCUGCUCAAAGAGAUCGUGCGCAGGGUGCAUGCCGGGGAGAAGAAACAACAGUACCCGAGAGGCCCCAGCAGUUACAAGCUCACUGCCUCCGCCAUCAACAGGGAGCGGGAGAUGAAGCGAAUAGAGACAGAGAAUUUGGCUUUCCUGAAGCGCUUGCAGAAGGUGAAGCCGACCAAGUCUAUCAGCCGGGACAACCAGCUGCAGUCGUUUGAGAACACCACCCUACACGGGGUCCCUAUCGGGGCUCUACACCCCAUGCCUCGCCGCGGCCGCCGUCCGCUCAUGGAUGACUCCACUAGCUCCAUCGGCAGCCGGACUCGCAGUAUGACCAGCAUACAUAGUGCGACGUCAUCAGUCCGUUCAGGUGGCUCCCGUCGCAGCAGUCGGCCAAGCAGCGCGACCAAACGCGGGGACAUGAGACCUGAGUGGUCCGACAGGUGGUGAUGAUGGCUGCGGCGCUGUCCUCACAGGAACGUCUACUGGUGCAUGCAUAGAACAAGAAAAAAAAUAAUUGACCAAUACCACAUUUUCGUCAUUUUGUUUCUCAUACUGUUCCUAUCAUCUGUAAUAUAUGGGUUGUUUAAAUUUAUAGGGUGGGGGAGGGGGAUGUUUUGUUUGUUUUGUUUUUCACGUGCUCUUUGAUGAUUUUUAAAUA